CGUAGUUCGUUUUCGAUCGUGUUCGGCAAGGAUUUGCGGUCGCGUGAACGCAUAAGGGAAGAACGAUCGUCUAAAUCUCGAUGGUUGGGGAUUGGAAGAAGGCGGAGAUGGAAGAGAGAGGGGAAUUGGAGAAGGAGAGGGAACCCAUGAUUCAAAAAUCUCCCGCCGUCGUCAUCCGCACUAAUACCCACCUGGAAUCACGAUUCUGCUCCACCAAGGUGAAGGAAUGGGCGAGAAGGAACCUGUUGUUGAUUUUGACGGUGGUCGGGGUGUUGAUGGGUGUCUUCAUCGGGUUCAUGGCCCGAAUGACGGAAUAUUCGGAAGAGACCGUCAUGCUUGUCUCUUUUCCCGGCGACAUUCUCAUGAGAAUGCUGAAAAUGCUCAUCCUUCCGCUCAUCGUCUCAUCUCUCAUCUCAGGACUGUGCGGGUUGGACGCGAAGUCAUCCGGCAAGAUGGGAUCCCGAGCAUUGAUUUAUUACUUCGUAACGACGAUGUUGGCAGGAAUCACCGGAAUCGUAGUCGUGCUCUUGAUUCACCCCGGGAACCCAGAAGUGAAGAAGAUGAAGAAACAGGAAAACAACGAAAGGGUGAAGGUCCUCGAUGCCUUCCUCGACAUCGUUCGGAACAUGUUCCCGGAUAACCUGAUCAAAGCGACGUUCGAGGGCGUGAGAACUUCAUACGUGAGGAAGGAGAACGCCACAUCGGACGAGGAUUUCACUCGACACAUCGUACACAUCAACGGCAUCAACGUGAUCGGGCUGAUCGUGUUUUGCGUGGCAUUUGGACUCGUGGCGGGUCAAAUGAGGUCCUCGGGGCAGGUCCUCAUCGAGUUCUUCGUCGUUCUCAACGAUUGCAUCAUGAAGAUGGUCGAACUCAUCAUGUGGUACUCACCUUUCGGAAUCAUGAGCCUGAUCGCGGGGAAACUAAUGGAGAUCGAAAACCUGGCAGAAACGGCGGAAAUGUUGGGUUUGUACAUGGUGACCGUGAUCGUGGGUCUGCUCUUCCACGCCUGCAUCACCUUGCCUGGCAUUUAUUUCUUCGUGACUCGGAAAAACCCUGGCGUCUUCUUCAAGGGUAUGCUCCAGGCCUGGAUCACGGCUCUCGGCACUGCUUCCAGUUCGGCGACUCUGCCGAUCACAUUUCGCUGCCUGGAGGAGAACAACGGCGUGGAUAAGAGAGUGAGUCGCUUCGUGGUGCCCGUGGGAGCCACGGUGAACAUGGACGGCACUGCCCUCUACGAGGCCGUCGGCGCCAUCUUCAUCGCGCAAAUGAACGGCAUCACCCUGAGCGCCGGACAGAUCGUGACCGUCAGUUUCACGGCGACGCUGGCGAGUGUCGGGGCGGCGAGCAUUCCGAGUGCAGCCCUCGUGACGAUGAUCAUGGUUCUCUCUGCCCUCGGCCUUCCGAUCAACGAUGUCUCCCUCAUCUUUGCCGUCGACUGGUUCCUGGACCGGCUGAGGACGUCCAUCAACGUCCUCGGAGAUGCAUAUGGAGCGGGGAUCGUGUAUCACCUGUCCAAGGACGAACUGGCCAAGAUGGAUCAAGAACGAGCAGCUGAGGAGCAGAUGGAACUGGAGCAAUUCGGGCUGUCGCCGCCACCACCAGGUCCAUCCGGCCCGGCAAUAGAUCGCGGCCGGCGACUGAGUCGCGUGAGUCUUCAGCUGGCCAAGACUCACCUGAAGGUCUCGUCUCCCUCUCCCACCCAAACUUACCCUGACCCUCGUGGCAACGGCAUGUCUCUCUUCCUCAGUGUCAACAAUCCCAAUCUCAAUUCUGAAACCCAAAUUUGAAAUCCUUUCCUUCUCCUCUCUUUACUGUCAUCUCAUCUUGUGAUACCUGUACACAGUCUAUGAUGAUGUUGGUUCUCGUCGUAUCCUUGGGGUCGAGCUUAGUAGGCUCAAUUGGCGUCUUGCCGAUGUAACGAUGCCGGUGAAAUGUGAAUCAGUGCCAGUGAUGGCUAGCGUUGUCGAUAUCAUCCUUAUAAGAAAUGGGAAGAAUCCACCAUAUCUAUUUGAUAUCAAAUUAAGAAUAAGAAUAAGUUCAUGGAUUUCACUGACAGUCUCAAAGUUGCGUAGAUUCUGUCACAUGGCCUUAAAUCGAGACUUUCACGAUAUCGAUAGAUGGAAUUUUCUUUCGUGUUGCUGUAGUCUUCCUUUCUCUUCGUCUAAUAUCUCUUUCUCGUCCUCGUCGAUGUUGUCUGUGGUGGUGAAAAAACAACAUACACAAAAGCUUCCAGUUUCUGUACAGCAUUUCUCAUUCGUAUAGGCUUCGUUGCAGCGAGGCUUUGGAAAUAUUUGGUGCUAUGUGAUAGCAUGUACGAUCCUACAACUGAC